AUGGUGGCGGCGCCGUGCGCCCGGAGGCUGGCCCGGCGCUCGCACUCGGCGCUGCUCGCGGCGCUCACCGUGCUGCUGCUGCAGACGCUGGUCGUGUGGAAUUUCAGCAGCCUCGAUUCCGGGGCCGGGGAGCGCCGCGGGGGCGCAGCGGCCGGCGGCGCGGAGCAGCCACCCCCGGCCCCGGCCCCGCGCCGGGAGCGCCGGGACCUGCCCGCUGAGCCGGUCGCAGCCCGCGGAGGAGGCGGCGGCGGCGGCGGCGGCGGACGGGGGCCCCCGGCGCGGGCGAGAGGAGGCGGCCCCGGAGAAGCCCGGGCGCAGCAGCCGGCCAGCCGGGGGGCACCGCCUGCCGGGGCGCUGGACCCACACGCCCCGAGCCCACUGAUCACGCUGGAGGCCCAGCACGGCUACUUCUCUCACCGGCCGAAAGAGAAAGUGCGCACAGACAGCAACAACGAGAACUCGGUCCCCAAAGAUUUUGAGAACGUGGACAACAGCAACUUUGCACCCCGGACCCAAAAGCAGAAGCACCAGCCUGAGUUGGGCAAGAAGCCCCCAAGUAGACAGAAGGAGCUUUUGAAAAGGAAGCUGGAACAGCAGGAGAAAGGGAAGGGCCCCAAUGAGGCUCUGCCUCCCGGCGAGAGGGCUGCAGCCAACAGCAGCCGUGGGAAGGAUGUCCCCAGACAGCCCCAUGCCAGGAAGAGUGGGGGCAGCUCCCCUGAGACCAAGAACGACCAGCCGCCCAAGUGUGACAUCUCCGGCAAGGAGGCCAUCUCUGCCCUGUCCCGCGCGAAGUCCAAGCACUGCCGCCAGGAGAUCGGGGAGACCUACUGCCGCCACAAGCUCGGGCUGCUGAUGCCUGAGAAGGUGACCCGCUUCUGCCCCCUGGACGGCAAAGCCAACAAGAACGUCCAGUGGGACGAGGACUCCGUGGAAUACAUGCCGGCCAACCCGGUCAGAAUUGCCUUCGUCCUGGUGGUCCACGGCCGUGCCUCUCGGCAGCUGCAGCGCAUGUUCAAGGCCAUCUACCACAAGGACCACUUCUACUACAUCCACGUGGACAAGCGCUCUAAUUACCUGCAUCGGCAAGUGCUGCAGUUUGCCAGGCAGUACGGCAACGUCCGCGUCACCCCCUGGAGGAUGGCCACCAUCUGGGGGGGAGCCAGCCUCCUGUCCACCUACCUGCAGAGCAUGCGGGACCUCCUGGAGAUGACCGACUGGUCCUGGGACUUCUUCAUCAACCUCAGUGCCGCCGACUACCCCAUCAGGACGAAUGACCAGCUGGUGGCAUUCCUCUCCCGAUACCGAGAUAUGAAUUUCUUGAAGUCACACGGCCGGGACAAUGCAAGGUUCAUCCGGAAACAAGGCCUAGAUCGGCUCUUCCUGGAGUGUGAUGCUCACAUGUGGCGCCUGGGGGACCGGCGGAUCCCGGACGGCAUUGCCGUGGAUGGGGGCUCAGAUUGGUUCCUGCUGAACCGGAAGUUCGUGGAGUAUGUGACAUUCUCCACAGACGAUCUGGUGACCAAGAUGAAACAAUUCUACACCUACACCCUGCUUCCUGCUGAGUCCUUCUUCCACACGGUCCUGGAGAACAGCCCCCACUGUGACACCAUGGUGGACAACAACCUGCGCAUCACCAACUGGAACCGCAAGCUGGGCUGCAAGUGCCAGUACAAGCACAUCGUGGACUGGUGCGGCUGCUCCCCCAACGACUUCAAGCCGCAGGACUUCCACCGCUUCCAGCAGACAGCCCGGCCCACCUUCUUUGCCCGCAAGUUCGAAGCUGUGGUGAAUCAGGAAAUCAUCGGGCAGCUGGACUAUUACCUGUACGGGAACUACCCCGCAGGCACCCCGGGCCUCCGCUCCUACUGGGAGAACGUCUAUGAUGAGCCCGAUGGCAUCCACAGCCUGAGCGACGUGACGCUCACCUUGUACCACUCCUUUGCCCGCCUGGGCCUCCGACGGGCAGAGACGUCGCUGCACACGGAUGGGGAGAACAGCUGCCGGUACUACCCAAUGGGCCACCCAGCAUCUGUGCACCUCUACUUCCUUGCUGACCGCUUCCAGGGCUUUCUGAUCAAGCAUCACGCUACCAAUCUGGCUGUGAGCAAGCUGGAGACUCUGGAGACGUGGGUGAUGCCGAAAAAAGUCUUCAAGAUUGCAAGCCCACCCAGUGACUUUGGGAGGCUCCAGUUUUCCGAGGUCGGCACUGACUGGGAUGCCAAGGAGCGGCUGUUUCGCAACUUUGGGGGUCUCCUGGGCCCCAUGGACGAGCCGGUGGGUAUGCAGAAAUGGGGGAAGGGGCCCAACGUGACCGUGACCGUCAUUUGGGUGGACCCCGUCAACGUCAUCGCAGCCACCUACGACAUCCUGAUCGAGUCCACUGCCGAAUUCACCCACUACAAGCCCCCUUUGAACUUGCCCCUGAGGCCUGGGGUCUGGACAGUGAAAAUUCUCCACCACUGGGUGCCGGUUGCGGAGACCAAAUUCCUUGUCGCGCCUCUGACCUUCUCCAACAGGCAGCCCAUCAAGCCAGAGGAGGCACUGAAGCUGCACAACGGGCCGCCCCGCAGCGCCUACAUGGAGCAGAGCUUCCAGAGCCUCAACCCCGUCCUCAGCCUGCCGAUCAGCCCCGCCCAGGUGGAGCAGGCUCGGAGAAACGCGGCCUCCGCGGGCGCCGCGCUGGAGGGCUGGCUGGACGCGCUGGUGGGCGGGAUGUGGACCGCCAUGGACGUGUGCACCACCGGCCCCACCGCCUGCCCCGUCAUGCAGACCUGCAGCCAGACGGCCUGGAGCUCCUUCAGCCCCGACCCCAAGUCAGAGCUGGGGGCGGUCAAACCCGAUGGCCGGCUCAGGUAGCACUGGGCACGAGCGGGCCACGGCGGGAUCUCAGCGGGAAAGCAGCCAGAGGGGCUGGGGGCGGGGCCUGGACCCUCGCCGCCCACCCCAGGGGGGUGGCCUUUUGUGCACGGGGCUCUCCGGGCCCUAGAACGGUGGGGAAGGGAGGUGAGCGGGCCCCAGCAGGGCUGCCAACAGCCUGCGUGGGGCAAGCUGGGGAUGGCAUGGCUCAGUCCCAGCACCGUGGUGGUCUCACCUCUUCUGGUCGAUCCUCAAGUCCUACAGGUUCCUCAUCAUCCCCUCCAAUGACACGACCUCCCCCAGACAGGUGACUCUGAAGCUUUUACUUUGAGCAGCAGAACGUUGCUGAGCGAGCGCAGCAGUAGGCAGAAGUUCAAGGUGCGGAUGAAACCCCAGCUGCUCUGGCUGAAGCUGAGGAAGGGGAAGUGUGAGGUUCCCUCUCGAAGCCCCCCGGGGGGGUCCCUUUGCCGCGGGCAUCUCCUAAGGUCUCUCUUGAGAACCCAAGGGCUCUGCAAAACCCAGUUAGACAAGCACUGCCCCGACUGGCCGUGGGCUUGGUCUCCAGCUCCACCCUCAGCGCGUCCUUCUGCUCCUCUGGGCUGGGAGACCCCGCGCCAGCCCUGAAGUGACAGGCCCGUGAACAUCACAGCUCUUUCAAGGGGAGCCUUGGGAGGGCGCUGAGCCUCCCUGCAGCCCUCUUUGGCUUGAACUAUUCUCCUUAGUAACUAGAUGAGCAAAAAAGCCUUUUGACGGGGGGCGGCCAAGGUCAACGCAGAAAUGUGACUGCCAGCUGUCCCAGGUCCCCGGCCUCCCCUGGCAAGGCUGCCACACAAAGUAGCAGAAACAAGACGAUGCUGUGAGCACGAGCCUUCUGGCCAUCCAUGGGCUGGAGGCCAAGGGCAUGACCUCGCUGGUCUUUGAAAAUGAGAGCUUGGGGGGGACCAUGGCCACGAAACUUGAAUGACAUUGCUUGUAGCCAGACUCCCGAGCUAGACAGCACAGCAAUACCUGUCGUCCGCCAGAGCCCUUCCAUUCGGAGGUCAGGCCCGCAAAACCUUCCUGACUCGCAUGCUCGGUGCUGCUGGGAGUGACCAAACCACAGGGACCAGACUUUUCACAUCCAGGAAAAAGCAUUGCGGAUUUGGUUUUUAAUUCCAUGCCCUUCCUUUAGCCGUGGUCCAAACAGGCGACAGAAAAGUGGGAAGGUGGUUGAAAGAAAUUAAAAACAGUGUUAUUCACAUGCUUGAAUUAAUUACCUGAAACCAGAAGGGUUUCCUUGCCAUGGUCCCCCCAGAGGCCCCCCUUCCUCCUGUGAAUGACAGGCUUCCCUUGGAAGAGUCGCACCCUGGUGGGGGGCCCGUCCUGCCUACUUCUCUCCAGGGUGGGCUCGAAGGACACUGUCACUGUGUCGCCCCAUCCCAGCAAGGCAGGAUGUCCUGUUGGCAAUUGAGGACAUAGAGAAGGGACACUUUAGAUAUUUAUUAUUUAUAUGUUUUAGUCAAUGACUAAUUAGUAGGUGCUGUUUUUGCAGCUUGUCGAUUACAUUAUCUUAUCUUUCUUACUAACUGGAGCUGCCUUUAUUCACUAAAGGCCCCCAGCCUUUGCCACCCACUCCCCUCCUCUCCCACCCCUUGGUGUCUCUCUUUCUUUCUCUCUGUCUGCCAUCCAUCCUCCUUGUCCUCAGAUACAGCCGGGGACACCCUGGGAGGAAAGCUCCAACCCACAUCAUCUGUCUGCCCCUUCACUUCCAAGCGCGUUGGAAUUCCUGAGCCGCCCUGGCCCCCAGCCCAGGGAGAUGACAGACUAGGGGUGGGGGGGGUGUGCUGACCAGAGAGCUGGGGCCCUCCCCGCUUGCUGUCUUGGCGACUUCCUGUGACCAGUCUAACCCUGGACCUGACCGUGACAGGGGGAAAUGGGCCCCUUCCAUCAGAGGAAGAGGCUGGUGAGACCCAGCCAGAGAGCCCAGGAGGUAGCCAUUGUCCCCAGUGGUUCUGGGGCCCUCAGCAUGGCUUUCUCAGAAAGCCCAUACGAUCGGUGGGGACCAUGAGCCGGGGGCCCCAUCCUCUCUCUGCCUCUGGCCAGGGUUUCCCUGGGCUUGCUGAAGCCACCUGGGAGGCUUCCCUUUCCCUGCCUGGUCACUAGGGCUGUGUUUUCCACAGUGCUAUUUACGGUGGCUUUGGGAACUCAGCCGUGGUAGGUCCCUGUAUAGAGUGUGAGCCUGCAGCCUUCAAGACCGGGCCUCUUCCCACUGACAUUUCUGCCCUUUUUCCAUCCCGGAACCCGUGGAGAAAGGCAGAGCUCACUUGCUCUGGGGACUCUCUUUCCCCUGAGGCUUCACUCCCCUCUUGCAAUUAAUUUGGGGUAUUCCUCUGUCUCCUCUGUUUUCAGUCCAGAUACUAAUUUUGCAGAUGUUACAUUUGGUUAAAAAAAAAAAAGGAGAAUUAUUUAAGAAAAGGGGAUAUUUUCCCAGGGAAAAUAGCAUAACUCCUUUUUCUUUCCUUUUCACAUGCCUGAGAAUGAUUGAUUUAUUGCAGGCCAUUGGUUAGGCAGCCCGGAGCUAUGGCUGCUUGAGGAUUUCAAAAGCACAGGGCUACAGUCUCUAGAAACCCUGUUACAGCCUGCAGGUACAGUGACUGUGGGCUGAGCCACUGCCUAGAUCCCUGGAAAUUUCAGAAGAGUGAGAGGUAGGACUUGUGGGUUGGUUUGUGGGGCAAAGGAAAUAGUCCAUACGUAGACUGCUGCACUCUGUAUGACUUCCUACCCACCCAGUGACAUUCAGGCAGAAAGUGAGCUCAGGAGACAGCAAGCCAUCGCAGAUCCCACUUCCCUGGUCAUGCAUAAGGCAGUAGGUCUCCAAGGAAGAAGUGAGUAAUUCCUAAGGUCCUCAUGUUUUAAGAAGUGUGCUAGUUCCUCCCUCUGGAAAAAAGGCUUUUCUGGUAGGAACAUGAGUUCUUUGGGCUUUGUUUCUCAUUGUUGGUUUAACUUUUAAAGUGCAAAUGGAGGUGUGAGAGGAUAAGCAAGACCCCACACACCUUUCCACCCCAAAGAGGCAAAUGGCAGCUACUCUGGGCGCAUGCCUGGGUGUGUGGGCAUCAUGCUUCCUUCUGGGUUGCAAAUACUGAGUGGACAGUGGCUGGACCCUUGGACUCUGCCAGUAAGGUGCAGAGUAGAGGAAAGCAGUAGCCACUGGGUGGGUGACAUGGACAAAGACCCCUUUCGCAACCAAGUUCACUGAGGAUUAGGGACAUCACCGCCACAGCAGCAUGGGGGCAGGGGGCCACACUAGAAACAGCUGUCAAUCUUUCGGCUGUAAAGACAGCAAGGUAGGUCUGCCUAAUCAACCCACACUCUAUGGUGGGGGCACAAGUGCUUACAGGGUCCAGGACACUGACACAGAUGAGUGAAACGGCUCCUGUAAGACAGAGGGGAGUGGUGGGGACCACGGACUUACCAGCAUGCAUGGAACCCAUCCGGCAGGAAGAGCUUCCACUCACCUCCAGCCUGUCGUUGCCAUGUAAGAACACAAGCACAGUGUAGUGGGAUCUUCCAAUUUGGUAAGAGAAGCCAGAAAUCCAGAUGUUUAUUGAAAAGCUGAUUUUUCCAUGUCGGUUAUUGUUUGUUUUCACACCCUGUGGUCAAAGAAAAAUUCCACGGUUCCAUUUGUGCACUCCCAGCAACCUCUGCUCUCUGGAGAGGUGGUUUAAAUGAGGUUAGGCAUAGCCCUGGUGGAGGAGGAAAAAAGCCAACAUUAGGCCAAGGCAAAAAUAAUAGCUCACGUUGAACUCUGAAGGGAACGGGGACCUCUUGCUAGUUAUUCCCCUCCCAAAGAGACCAUUCCAGUCUCUUCCAGAGGCAGACAGUUUGUGCUAAAGGGAAGAAGGAACAGAAUUUGGAGAUCUGAACUCCUACCCCUUAGACAUGCAGAGCUCCCCAUCUGCCUGGGGCCACACCUUCUGGGGCUCCCCCAAGUCAGGCAGAAAUGGCAAAGGCAGGGUCUAGGAGGAAGGGGUGGUGUGUGAAACAGCUGGACUGUCUCUAAAUCCCAAGUUUUGGCUGCCAUCUUGCCACCUACCUGGAAGCCUCUUCUGAAACCAUGCGGAGCUGUGCUGGCUCCCUUACCUUAGCUUCUGACUCAGUUACCUUACUUUGCCCAUGGGUCUACCACAGGCACUACCUCAUUGUGUCUGCUGAGAAGUUUACCUGGGGGGGAUAAAGGUGUCCAAAUCUGCUUGAGUUGAAUGUAUGAUCUAUGCAAAUUCUCUCUCCUCCCCCCUCUUCCUCUCUCUCUGCCUCUCUCUAACUUAGAAGUAUUAUUUUUCUUAUCUUGCAAACAAGAUACUGUAUAGGACCCUCUUAAGACUGAGGAGGGCUUUCAUGCGCCACCUGUGUCUAUCCCUCACGUUGUCUUUGGUUCUGUUCUUGCCAAGCCCCAACGCAGGGAGAAAGUGGCCUCUCUUCCCUCUCCACCUGGCUGGGAAUACUCCAACUGCCUCUGCCUACAGCCCCCACCGGAAAACAGGUUCUGCACCUUGCCACCCCCAUUCUUACCACCACCUCUUCCCUCCCUCAUUUUCCACCAACUUGCUUUUCCCAUCCCCCUUCCAAAAAAAAAAAGCCUUAGGUUUCUCCUUUUUGAAAUGUGGCCUUAAAAUUAUUUUUGGGAAGCUGACCGUCCUCCCCCCCUCACAUUUCCACCCCCAUCCGGAAGAAAGAGUAUCAUGAAGCUUUUGUGGCAGCCUCUUAAGCCAGGCUGCCAAUCUGUAGUUUGCAGAUGUGAUAGAAAUUGCUUACAAAUGUCAUCUUUAAGAAAAAUGUCCUUAUAUUUUUCCUAUGGGCCAAAUAAAGGCUUGGGUGUUCAUCUAAACCUUAGCCAACUCCUGAAGCACUCUCUUAGAGCAUACUGCCUCUGUAAUGGGCCAGCUUAAUUACCUGCAGAGUGCUCCCGAAGGCUUUGCAAACCUCCCCUCCCCCAAGACUGGGUGACUUUAUGUACUUCGUUCAAGGAUAAAUCAGGAGGGUUUCUCAAUUUAUCCUUCAUCCUUCCUGCCUGGAAAGUGAUAGCACUAAAUAUUCCCAGAUGGGUAGUGUUCUCAAAGGGAUCACCCUCUGCCUACCUUCAGACUCUAUCCUUCCAUCGCUCCAGUGCUCAUGGAGGCCAAAGACAACCCCAGGGUUUUCAUAGGAAAUUCACUGGAAUUGAGCGCAAUUGUCUUUGUAGUCCUUUUGUCUUUUUUUUAAAAAAAUAUGAUGUUGUCAAUAGCGUUUGUUUGGGUAUCUGUUUUAGAGGCCUCACAAUAAGUUAUUAUCGUCCCCUUCAUUGUUUUCAAAGAUGUGGUGAUAUAGUUUUUAAAAAUAACUAUUUUGUUAUAGAUCAUAAUAUGCAUAAAACUGUACAGAAAUAUUUUGUAAUGUAUUGAUUUUAAAAAAAGAUAAUCUGUAAAUAAAGUUUUAAAAAAAAGAGAAUUCAAAUGGCACACACUGAAAGAUGUAGAUAUUUUGCUAUUUAUUUAAAGGAGUAUUUUAAAAGAUAUUGAACUAUCAGAAAUUGACCAAUAAUCAAAGUUCCAGUCAUUCGAAAGCUUCUAACUAGAAUGUGAUUCUCGGAAACAAUUGUGUUACCUGCCCAUUUUUGCACCUUUUCCGUCUUUUCAUUUAGCAGAAAACAAGAACAAUGACAAUGACAACAACAACAAAAUUGUGCCUUAGCUGUAUCUUUUUGUCUAGGGGAGUUUGUUUCUGUCUGACAAAGCAAAAUUUUUUGCAGAAAACAGUGGAUGUAUUAAAUACUGUAUCAUACCAAAAACACUGCAGAUGUAUAUAGAUGCUUUCUGUCAUACUGUGUUUUCAGAUGCAGAAUUUUAAAAUUAAAAAAAAAAAUACUGUCUUUAUG